ACAACUAAUUAGAGCAAUGGAUGUCUUAAGCCUAAGUUCAAGCCUUAAUAUUUCCAAGCCAUUCAACUUCCGUCCACUCUCUAAGAAACAGCAGAGAAAUCCUGGUACGCAGUUUUGUGUUUCAUGCAUAGCCACGAAGCAGCGUGGAGGUGUUGAUGAAAACUUCUACAAAGUACUAUCUCUGAGUCCGAACAGUGCAAGCAUGGAUGACAUAAAGAAAGCGUAUAGAUCAAUGGCGCUUCGGUACCACCCUGAUGUGUGUCAUGAUAGUUCCAAGAAAGAAGAAUCAACGAGGAUGUUUGUGCAACUCAACGCAGCUUAUGAGACGUUGUCGAAUCCGAGGCUCCGAGAAGAGUAUGAUUAUGAGUUGGGUUUGAGAAGUAAAAUGAGUGUUGGUGAUGAGAGUUGGAGAAGUAGGUGGCAGGAGCAAGUGGCUGAGUUGAAGAGAAGGUCUCAUAGAAGAAUGGCACGAAAGGAGGGAUCAUCAUGGGGUAGUAGAAUCAGGGCACAAAACAUCAAAUGAAAUAUUCAAACUAUACUUUCUCUCCUAAUUAAUGAUUCUGAAUAUUACUGCUGUAUGAACUUUUCAUGUCUGGGCUGUUCGUGGCUACAAAUAUUCAUUAUAAGCAUUAUAAUAGUUUAAAAUCGUUAAUGUAAUCUAUAUGUCUAUAAAUAAUAUAUACAAAUUAAUCAAACUUUUAAGUAGCAGCAAACAUUGUCUGAUCUUUGAUCCGCUUGGAACUUUUAUAGUAUUCCACUGUUCCAAGGUUCAGGCUCAGUAUUGGUUUUGGCACCUGGAUAU